AUGCAGAGUUUCACGCAGACGCGGUAUGACCUUCACGACCAGAAAAUCUCGCAGGUGAACAAGGAAGAAGAAUUGGGGUUGGCAAAGAAUCGGAAGAAGUUCGACAUUAGGGAGGAAUAUUACAGGCUGAACGCGGCGCAAGACCAAGACUGGGAGCCGAAACGGAUCGAACGGCCAAAGGGUCUCCCCGAAUGGGGUGUUCCACCCACUGAACCACCGUCGAAGCCUACGUCCGCUUGA